UGUUUAGGUGGUCAUGUCUGGACGCGGGAAGCAGGGCGGCAAGGCUCGCGCCAAGGCCAAGACGCGCUCGUCGCGGGCCGGGCUGCAGUUCCCGGUGGGCCGCGUGCACCGCCUGCUCCGCAAGGGCAACUACGCCGAGCGGGUGGGGGCCGGCGCGCCGGUGUACCUGGCGGCCGUGCUCGAGUACCUGACGGCCGAGAUCCUGGAGCUGGCGGGCAACGCGGCCCGCGACAACAAGAAGACGCGCAUCAUCCCGCGCCACCUGCAGCUGGCCAUCCGCAACGACGAGGAGCUCAACAAGCUGCUGGGCCGCGUCACCAUCGCGCAGGGCGGCGUCCUGCCCAACAUCCAGGCCGUGCUGCUGCCCAAGAAGACCGAGAGCCACCACAAGGCCAAGGGCAAAUAGAGUUUGAAUUCCUACAUUUCAGAUUGAGAUCAAAGGCUCUUUUCAGAGCCACCCACCAUUUCUGUGGAAGAACUGAACACGCGUUUUUCUGAACCAUGUAAGUUCGAGGGACCCAAAGUGAAAAGUCUCCUUUGGUUUGCCCAAGUUCCUUUUGACUCUGGUUUGCUCAAUAAAGCCAUUAAAAUACCUUUUGGUCACCUCCCCACGAGCACAGUGUUCUGGGUAAUUAAAAACAAGUUUCUCCUCCAGCGACUACUCUAAAUACUAAGCCUAUUUUGUCCUCCAGCCCCCACCCCGAGUCUUACUAGCAGAACCUCAUGGUCCACUGGUCAAUUAAAGCGUCCUAACAC